AUGACAAUAAGAAUUGGUGCUCCUAAUCUUCAUGUUGACUUAAUGUCAUUUAAUCUAGUGCCGGAAGUAAAACGAACACAACGAACUCUUCUGUGUUUAAUUUCUAUUGUCCUCGGCAUUUCUAUAAUUAGUUUUAUUUUAAUUAUUUACUCAUUAUCAAUUAAGUACCGAACAAAUACUUAUGAACCAAUUAUUAUUCUCUGCUGGAUUUUAUUUUUUGCUUGUGGAAUGCUUGUGACUCAAAGAUACUAUUCAAUGGGAUUAUUUGUGUUUGCAUGGUUAGGUAUCAUCAAUAUAAUUUUAACGUGUAUUCUCAUUGUGUUAGUGACAGUUGGAAUAGUAAUGAUAACUUCUGACUCAUCGAAACAAACUUCAGAAAUGCCAUUUACUGUUAUUCCAAUUGUUGUCGGUUUGACAAGUGUAAUACUGGAUGCAGUCAUUGUCAUAUUUUCAUUUAAAUUAUCAUAUUUAAUCAUGAAAAAUACAAGGCCUAAUAAUCAUGAACGAAGUUAA